GUUAAUGACGGAGUAACACUUUGUAUGAGUAAGGAUCAUUUUGCAGCCAAAAUAUGACGAUGAAGUGCAGCCCAGAUACAUUUUUGUUGCCAAAACAGCCAAAACUCCUUCCUAAUUCUUCAAUCAGAUCUUAAUUUUUAACUUCCCGCGCUAAUUCUCGUUCGAAGUUCACUCACAAAUCCAGAAAUUCUUACAUUGUUGGAGAUUAAUCGAUCUAAGUCAGAAUCAAUCGUGAUCACAAAACCCUUGGAUUCCUCCAUUUGUUGCAGAUCCGAAAUCAUCAAUGGAGGUUCCACCGAGUGGAUUGGAGAGAGAAAUUUCGACUUCAUCUUCUGCUUCUCCUGUUUCUGUUGUCGCCAAUUUCUGGAAAGAAUUUGAUUUAGAGAAGGAAAAGAGUUUGUUGGAUGAACAAGGGCUUCGAAUUGCUGAAAAUCAGGAGAAUAGCCAGAAGAAUCGGCGUAAACUCGCCGAGAGCACUCGAGGCUUCAAGAAAGCUUCGGCUGAGGAAAAACUGAAUUUAUUUAAUUCAUUGCUUAAGGGAUAUCAGGAAGAAGUUGAUAACCUAACUAAGCGUGCGAAAUUCGGAGAAAAUGCGUUUCUUAAUAUCUACCAGAAACUCUAUGAGGCUCCAGAUCCUUUUCCUGCUCUUGCAUCAAUUGCUGACCAAGAUAUUAAAAUUUCUGAACUGGAGUCUGAGAACAGAAAAAUGAAAGUUGAGCUUGAGGAAUUUAGGGCUGAAUCGGCACAUUUGAAAAAUCAACAGGCAACAAUAAGGAGGCUCGAAGAGCGCAAUCGUCAAUUAGAGCAACAGAUGGAAGAAAAAGUAAAGGAAAUAGUGGAAAUGAAGCAGCGAAGUUUGGCAGAAGAGAACCAGAAGACGAUGGAAGUCCUUAAAGAACGAGAACAGUCUCUACAGGACCAAUUGCGGCAAGCUAAAGAAAGUGUCACAACAAUGCAAAAGUUGCAUGAACUUGCCCAGAGUCAGUUGUUUGAGCUCCGUGCUCAAUCAGAGGAGGAGACAGCAACAAAGCAGUCAGAACUUAGUCUUUUGAUGGAUGAAGUUGAACGUGCUCAAAGCCGACUUCUAAGUCUUGAGAGAGAGAAGGGACAUCUACGAUCUCAAUUACAGUCUGCAAAUGAAGAUAGUGAAAACAAGAAAAGUGACACUGAGGAUCCAAAUAGUGCUCUUGAGAACUCUUUGAGUGCAAAGGAGAAGAUUAUAUCUGAAUUGAAUAUGGAACUUCAUAGAGUUGAGACCACUUUAUCAAAUGAGAGGGAACAUCAUAUUUCUGAAACCAAGAAACUAAAUGCUCUCCUUCAUGAAAAGGAGACUGCCCUUGAGGAGCUAAAGAAAGAGCUGCAGGCUCGACCAACUUCUAAAUUGGUUGAAGAUUUGCGCAAAAAAGUCAAAAUUUUGCAGGCAGUGGGUUACAAUUCUAUUGAGGCUGAAGAUUGGGAAAUAGCCACAAGUGGGGAAGAGAUGAGCAAAUUGGAAUCUUUGUUGCUCGACAAAAACAGAAAAAUGGAACACGAACUCACUCAGUUGAAGGUAAAACUGUCUGAGAAAAUAUCAUUCCUUGAAGCUGCUGAAGCAAAGGUAUCAGAACUUAAUGCUAAGGUUGAUGAACAGCAAAAACUAAUUCAGAAGCUUGAAGAUGAUAUAUUGAAGGGAUAUAACUCUAAAGAGAGGAGAGGCUCAUUGUUUAAUGAUUGGGAUCUUUCAGAGUCUGUUUCUACUGAGCCAUCUGAGAGUGCAGAACAGAAGCAGACGUCUGCUGAUCAGGACCAAAGUUCAAUGCUUAAGGUGAUUUGUAAUCAGAGGGAUAGAUUCCGAGCUAGACUCCGUGAGACUGAAGAAGAAGUAAGGCAGUUGAAGGACAAGAAUCGGAAACUGACAGAAGAACUGGAGAAAACAAAAGCAGACAAUGUAAAACUUUAUGGAAAGAUCCGAUAUGUCCAAGACUACAAUCAUGAGAAAGUGAUAUCUAGAGGGUCAAAGAAGGGCUCUGAUGAUCUAGAAAGUGGCAUGAGCUCUGAUGUCGAGUCCAAGUAUAAGAAGAUUUAUGAAGAGGAUAUUAAUCCUUUUGCUGCUUUCUCCAAAAAGGAGCGGGAUCAAAGGUACAAGGAGUUGGGUCUCAGAGACAAAAUAACCCUUACCAGUGGGCGUUUCCUUCUUGGCAACAAAUAUGCUCGGACUUUUGCAUUCUUCUACACAAUUGGGUUACAUAUCCUAGUUUUUACUUGUCUAUACAGGAUGUCUGCUCUGAGUCAUUUAAGUCAUGGCGCUGAAGAAACAGUUGGAGAAACCAUUCUGCCACACGCUCUCUAAACAUGGAUCUAGUUUGUUAAGUAAGCACAUCCUUGUGCAUAUGGGACAGGAAUCAUGACAAAAAUCACAAAUUUUAGUGUAUAUAAAUGAUUACAUCACUGAUCAUUUAAUUUGCUCAUUUUCAGAGUUUAGGAAUUUACAGAUCAUGAUAGCUUACCAUUUUUCA